GCGCUGGAGGUCCGCGGGUGUCAGCGGUGUUACGCGUGGAAGAAGCCGCCUGUUGGUGCUGUUCUGGGGCAUGUGGCUCAGAGGAAUGAGGCCGUCUUCUUCUCUGACCCUGGUCCGUCGAUGAAAAAAAAAACGACCGAGCGGCAAAGGGGCUGGGGAUGCACAACGGGACAGGAGGAACACGACCAUUUACAGGCGAAAAAACAGGACUGCUGAUGCUGCAAAAUAUGGAGUGUCACCUCCGCUGCGGAAUAAACCGAGUUUACGCUGAUGUGGCCGGUCAGUGACUUCGUUAAGGCUGAAGAUUUGCCUUCCACUUUGUGCUCUUUUUAACCGUUUGCGUUGAUCCACACAUCUGCAAUGAUGCGGACUGUGGAGUGGAGAAGAACCGCUGCGACUCUACUCUGCCUUUUGGGAUAUCUUGUAUCCAAAGCCGUUACCAAAACACUACCGGAGAACACAGCCACAGAAGAGGUGACUCUGAAGGUUCGUCUGAGCGAUGCCAGCACCCACCAGCCCCUGGGAGGAGCCACCAUACAGCUGUUCGCCAACCACACUGCUGUAACCACAGAGACCUCUUCAGCUGACGGCAACGCCUACCUGCGCUUCCCCUACCGUCUUGGGACACCGUUGGUCGUCACUGCAACCAGACAGGGAUAUGUGCCAAACUCUGUGCCCUGGACUCCAUCCAGAUUACCUGUGUUUUCCUCCAUCAGCCUGGACCUGCUACCAGAGAGAGCUGCUACUCUGAUGGUGUAUGAAGAUGUUGUGGAGAUUGUUUCAGGCUUGCAAGGUUUCAGGCAUCAGCCCACUGUACAUUUCCAGCGCAGAGCUCUGAGUCUUCCUUCUAACACAUCCUACGCCAACCUUACUGCUCUGCUCACUGUGGCCAGCUCGCCCUCACACAUCCAGCACUUUCCCCACUUGCAGGUCCUUGGCGGCAACGGCACAGGGACAGAGAAGAGGUUUGAGUUGACUCCUGUAGCAGCCAUCUCUGUUCACCUAUUGGCCAGCGACGGAGUGGAGCUGCAGGUGAACGAGCCAAUCACGGUCUCUGUCCCUCUGCCGGCUGACAGUGGCCUGAAGGAAAAUGAUCACAUCCCUGCUUGGAGAUUUGACCCGCGCUUGGGUUCCUGGAUAAAGAGCAGCUGGGGUCACGUGCAGAGGGAGAACAACCAGCUCAGUCUGACCUACAUUGCUCCUCAGCUGGGAUAUUGGGUUGCCGCCAUGUCCCCGGUUCACUCAGGUCCAGUGUUUGCGAAGGACAUCAACACGUACCACACCGUGUUUCUGCUGGCUAUACUGGGAGGAAUGGCCCUCAUCCUCCUCUGCUUGUUCUGCCUCCUGUUGUACCACUGCAGGCGUCGUUGCUUGAAGCCUCGAGUGUCUCACCGCAAGCUCACGUUGUCCUCUGGUCUGGACAGCAGUAAGAGGGACCAAGCCACCUCCAUGUCUCACCUGAACCUCAUCAGCAACGAGGCGCAGCAGCUGGAACUCGUUUCUACAGCGACUGAGCCUGACAUGACCACACCAAUGUUGAAGCCUUUCUCAUAUGAGCACCAAGACAAUCAGCGUCAACACAGCAUAACCCAUCCCAGCAAAUACAGCCGCUCCUCUCUGGGCAACAACAGCCACCACGGCUCAUCUCUUGGCAAUCUGACGCCUCGCAGCAGAGACUACCGACAGUCUGCAGAGACGUUCCAGUUAAAGGCUGCCUUUUCAUCCGGAACAGAACGGGGCUACCGUCAAUCAUAUACCUCCGUCUGCUCAUCCAGCAACCUGAUUUCAGAUGCACCGUCGUCAUCCAAUCACGGUCAAGUGUCGGCUAACCAGCUGAGCAAUGUUGGGAUUGUUAACUGCAUCUCGCCUUCCUCUCCUCCUCACUCCCCCAGCAGGGCGGAGGGGUGUGAGUGCAGAGCUCCUGACUAUCUUCUGUCCCGCUCUGUGGACCACCUGGAGCGUCCCAGUCCCCCGUUGCUCUCCCGACCGGGCCAGCUGCUCUGUUGUGGCUCUGUAGAUCUGCUGAGUGGAGGAGAAGGCUACCCGAGGGUCCGACCCACACUGGUGAUCCCAGCACACUACAUGCGCCUGCCUGGGGAGCACCCUUUGUCUGGUCAGGCCCUCCUGCUGCAAACUGAUCAGCAGAGUGACUUGGAGACCAUCCAGGCUGAGCUCAAUGCCUCCCAUUCCCAGCAGCCCCUGGGGCAAACCCCUACUGGCAGCACACCUGAUCCCACCAAGCAAGGUGAGGGAGAGCAGCUCGGCCUGUCAGAGUCCUUGUCUAUCCCAGCAGCACUUGGGGAAACGGCUCUAGUAGAAAUAAACAGUGAGGACACCUUGUUGGCUGAGAAGACUUUAAUGGAGCUGAGGGGAGGGAAGCCUCUACCUCACCCACGGGCUUGGUUUGUUUCACUUGAUGGGCGCUCCAACGCUCAUAUUCGCCACUCCUACAUCGACCUCCAGCGGGCGGGGUGCCACAGCAACACGGCAGCUGCAGGAGGUCAGCAAGGUAAUGGCAACGGCAGGAGGUGUGGCAACAGCAACGACGCCAGUCUGGACUCCGGCGUGGACCUGAAUGAGCCGAGAGCAGGCCGCAGGGGGAGAGACAUAGAGCGGCAGGAAAGAGAAAUUGAGAAAGACAGGUCGAAGGGCACAACACCAGCCAUGACCUACACUCAGCUGGUGUAUGUGGAUGAUGUGAGUGGGGGAGGCACUGAGGAGGAGAGGCCCAAGUCCAGCCCACAGGACAGUAAGACAGGACCCAUCCUGUCAGACAAACCAGAGGGUCAGAGGGGGGAUCAGAUGCAGGGGGAUGCGGAGGGGAAAAGAGUUGAGGGGAUACAAAUACAAGAGGAACCGCCCUCACUUUCCCCUUCAUCCGCUGCUUCUCCUCCUCUUCUGCCAACGCCAGAGGGAGAGACUUUCAGGACUGAUCAUGCGCUGCUGUCAGUCUCUCCUGAUGGGGAUGCAGUUCAUGAUGAUGGAGAGGAGGAGAAGAAGAGUCCCUGGCAGAGGAGAGAGGAGCGACCUCUGCUGGCCUUCAACCUUAAGUGAUUCACAGAUGAUCUUUUUUUUAAAUUGGAUAUUCACAUGUCCAUCUGUACUUUGACAGGGUUUUUGGUCACUGUAAUUGUUCCUUCUGUACAUACUGACCUUUCCGAAAGAAAUUUUAUUGUAAGUUAACGAAGACAUGAUGAUCAGCCAGAGGCAAAGAUGCUGUGUGACUUGUUGUAAUUUGAGUCGAAAAUCAUACCACUUCUCCUUUCAUCUUAACACACAGAUUUAAUACAUAUAUUUUUGGAUUCAUUGUCAUUUACUCUUCCUGAUAUCAUUAUCUCAAAUGUACACUGUGAAUGAAGAGCCAAAAUCUUGGAAAAAAGGCACUCCUUAUAGUCGCCAUUUAGCCCAUAGAUACACCCACCCUUUGCAAACUCCUGAUUUACAUAAUAUAUAAUAUUCUGUACAUAGUGCAACUCUAACAGAUACUGUAUAUAACCAUGUACUGAUAAAGCUUCAUUUGCAUUGCAUAGAUGAGUACAGGGAACUACUGUACAUUGAAUCAGGAAUGGAACAAACCGUUGUGGUUAUAAUUUGAAAGUGCUUACUGUGCUGUGACUCGGCAAAGAAGCACAAAGAGGGAGUUUUUAUUCCAAAAAGACUUUAACUUGGCUCUUCCAACUCGAGACAGACAUUAGCUUCAGCUGAACUUUACAAAGCAUUUUCAUAAUAGAAUGAGGACAGUGGAUUUUUUUUCUCCCGUGUCUUCACAUCACUUCUGGAAAGGAUGUCUUUGCUGCUGGUGUUGACAGGAGGAACAUUUACGGCGACCAAAACUGUUCCAACGUUCAUAUGGCCAUACUUGAAUAAAAAUGUGAACCUGUCCUUUUAACCAUCGCUCCCCCUCUCUGCUCAGACCAUAACAUGAAGGAUAUGACCAAUUUGAAUUUAAGCUCUUUGAUUUUCUUAAUUAUAGCACUGAGAGAAUAUUUCAGCACUGGGAUCCCUUCUAGUCCAGAACGUGAAGGGGUGAUUCAGAUCCUUCAUGAACCUUCAGGUCCCCUUUAUGAAAAGAAACCACUGUUGUCCUCCACUUUGUCAUCCUCGCGAAACAGACCACUCAGUGUACCCAUUGCCUGAGGGAGACAAAUGGACUUUGGGGGCAAGAACUUUUAUGCACAACAAAUGUAUGCCUUUUUUAUAAAUAGCCUUGUGAGCAUAAAGGAGCUGUAGUAGAAACAGAGGAUAGGUGGUUCUCACAAAUGAACAACUACAGGGACCUUUUUUUCUCGAGCCAUAUUGGCCUCAGUCCACUGACUGUAAAGCACGGGCAAACGCCGCAAACACACUACACUUCGUUUAAGUGAGAUUAUAACCCAUUCAGACUGAUGUUUAAGACUGUGGAGCAACUGUGCAAAAGAUGACAGGUGAUUCUACUCUUUUUCACAGUCUUGGGAAAUUAAAAGUCUUACAGUGUGUUUCUGCACGAGAAUCACCCUUUGACAUAAACAUGUAAAUCCUGUACUUUGAAUGGUUUUGGAUAUGUUGCUAGAAUUGAAUCUGGCUUGUCAGAAGGCUGUAUGGGUGUUAAUAUGAUCAUCACAGGGGAUGAAGCUUUUGGACUAAAGAAAUAAAACCACUAUCCACACUGCAACAUAAUCAGAUAAUGUGACACACCACUAUGCUGGUGGGCAAGGAUAUAAUACCACUACGAAACUGUAGUUCCACCCAGAAUACUUGUGAGUUGUAAUAAUAUGAAGGGUUUUGUAAUUGUUGAAAUACUGACUGGCAUAUUUUUGCUCUGAAGGCUAUGCAUCACUUUUAUACGGCUGCUUGAGAUGCCUUUUUUUGUAAUUUUAGUCACUAUGAUUUUAAUUGAAGUAUUUUACCCAAAAAUAGGCUAUUUUCAUUUCUCCAGACGUGUUAAGGGCUUUUCAUCUUCACCCGCCUUAUUGUUAGAUGUUCAAAAACAAACACAUACUGCGCAAGUUUUACCCGAAACCAAACUAUUGUUGCAUGCUGUGUUUCACCUUAACCGUUUACCAUUUCCUCACGUUCCAAGUGCCUUUGAACAACCUGAUUCUGCAACAGAUUUGUGGAACAGAUACCUUAUUUAUUUCUCGCCUUCUUUUGCCUUCAGCUUUUCUCCUCUACCUCAGCCCUCCCUUUCUCUCCUUCUUGUGAAAGAAAGCAUGCAGUAAACUUUCCUCAGCACUAGCGUGUUGCAAGCUACACUGCGGACAUCUCAGAAAAUGUCUACCAGCUGCUGCAAUCGUAAAAUCCUUCACAGUAAUCAGCAAGACACCAAUCUCUCUUAGAGUAAGAAGCUAAAGAAUUACUGAAGUUUCCAGUGUAGUUCAGGAUAGAUAAUGUGCAAAGUGCGAUUGUAUGUGGAGCUAAACUGCAGGUCACUUCAGUGCAUUUUCUUAUUUUUGUGUUUUUGAAGGGUGAAUGUUUGGUUUCAGAUGUGUUUAUGUGCACCUGGGUGGUGGUAGUGUUAGUCUGCAAUGCUGCUGGCUGUGAGUUUGUGUUGUCAGACUGUGUGUGUCCAUGUGAGAGCACUGAGAAAUAAUCAGCAUACAUCCACUCAAGGUUCAUAUAGUCAUAGCAAUCAUAUUCCAGUGUGUAUAGUUCUUUCCUUUCCUCUACCUGGUCAAAAUGAUGUGUGAGUUGGUGUUGUGAAUGGCCUCCUCUCUCUUUGUAUCCUACAGUGGAGUUGCAUUACGGCACCCUGAGUGUGUAACUUGGUUGCUUUCAUUAUAUUUGAAGCCUAUUAUUCUGAAUAAACAGUGAGACUGGAA